CAUGAUUUUCCAGCACAGAACAGCACAAGCACAAGCAAAUAGUUGUGCUCUGGUACCUUCUACACCCUCUUCCUGUGUCCACCAAGACUCUACAGCACCAUGCUACUGCAGAACAGCACACGCCUGCAGUCGCUGCUCGUCUCUCUUCUGGAGUUCCUGAACGGCACGUCCGCGGGUCCGUUGUCCACCGCUUCGUCUGCUUCUGGCGUCCAUCCGGCGCUCUCCCUGCCUCUGGUCCAGGGUCAGGUCAAAGGUCAAGGCCAGGGCCAGGGCAUGAUCUACAUCUUCCUGGUGGUGGGGCUGUUCAGCUUCUUCACGUUCGGCAUCAUGAUGAUCUACAUACGCUCCAAGAAGCUGGAGAACUCGCAGGACCCGUACCACCAGUACAUCGCCCAUGACUGGGCCACCAGUGCGCACACGCGACCCUCUCUCACAUUCAAGCAGGCGCUGAGAGGGACAGACCCAAGGAAGGACCCGCUGGUUAUCGUCAACCCUACUGCAAUGGAGCGUCUCCCAGGCUGA